UCUGCUCCCAACUUCCCCCCACUCUGCCUCUUCCCCUUCCCUUUUUUAUUUAUCUCCCUUCACUUCCUCUAUCUGUCCGUUUCCUUCCUUUUGUUUCUUUCUUUCCAUCUAUGUAUCUUUCGCGUUUUUGAGGUCAAUACUUUCAGAUCCUAAAUGAUCCGUUCAUCUCUUUGAUUUCUUCGCCAGAAACGUUACAUUUUGAGAUUGGUUUGGGAUUGUAGGAUCUGGAGAGUUACUGUUGUUGGAACUGAAUCAAAGGAGCUUGCAUAUCGCAGUAACAACUUAGGUGGCCUUUGACUUUAUUCCUGUUGGAUGGUGGCAAGACAAUGUAUCAGGAACACAUGUCGAAAAACUGAGAUAGGCAGAUUCUCAGUGGACACUCUUCGGAGAGCUAUAUAAUUUAUAGUAGUUUUGGUUUUAAUAUAGGAAAAUGUUAGGAGGCAACAACAGUAAUCCUGUGCUUCCCAGUUUCCUGGAUGAGAAUCGUUUUCAGUAUCAGACUAAUGCAUCAAAUCAACUGCAGUUAUUUGGAAGUUUGCCAGCUGGGUGUACCAUUGAUCCUGUAAAUUUUGUUGGAAAUGACCAUCUCACUUCCAUGAUUCGGCCCAGUAAAAGAGGCAGGGAAACAGAAGAUAUUCAAAGGCAGCAAAAGCUACAAAUUUCGUUGAAUUAUAAUGUUUGUCAAGAGGAAGCUGACCGCUCAGCUAGCAAUCCAAAUCCUAAUGCUGUGUCAACUGGGUUACGGCUAUCAUAUGAUGAUGAUGAACGGAACUCAUCUGUGACUUCUGCAAGUGGAAGCAUGACACAAGGGCCAUCAAUGAUCUUGUCACUUGGUGACAAUGUUAGAAGCGAACUUGAUCGUCAGAAAGAGGAAUUUGAUCAAUAUAUCAAAAUUCAGGAAGAGCACUUGACAAAGGGAAUAAGAGACAUGAAGCAAAGACACAUGGCUUCUUUUCUUGCUGCUAUCGAGAAAGGUGUCAGCAAGAAGCUUAGGGAGAAAGACAUAGAACUAGAGACUACGAAUCGCAAGAAUAGGGAACUGGUUGAGAGGAUAAAGCAGGUGGCUACAGAAGCCCAGAAUUGGCACUACAGAGCAAAAUACAAUGAGUCGGUUGUUAAUGUCUUGAAGAGCAACCUUCAGCAGGCAAUCUCGCAGGGUGCUGAACAAGGGAAGGAAGGUUUUGGAGACAGUGAAGUUGAUGAUGCUGCCUCUUAUGUCGAUCCAAACAACUUUCUCAGCAUUCCAGUUGGUGCUGCAAAAUCCUUUUCCAGGAAUCACCAUGGCGCGAAAGAACAGAUGAUUUGCAGAGCAUGCAAGGCAAAGGAGGUGUCCAUUUUGUUGAUGCCGUGUAGGCACCUGUGCUUAUGUAAAGACUGUGAUGUAUUUAUCAAUGUUUGUCCUGUAUGCCAGGUAAUGAAAACCGCUGGUGUCCAAGUGUAUUUAUCCUAAACUGUGAAGCAAAUUACUCAAAGAUGAAAAGUUUAUACUUUUUCUUCCGUGAGACAUGCCGGCAAUUUCUUUCUCCAUCAGACAAUGUAUGAAAGUAAACAGAUAUCUUAAAAUGGAGUUUGCAAA